AGGUGCAUAUGUAGAACAGUCUGGUCACUUUGCUACGGAAUGUAAAGGAGCAUAUAGGCUUGCUUUUUGCUACCAUAGCAGCACAUACCAGCUCCAAUGAUGGACACUGCCCUCAGACUGUCGGGAAACUCACCUCCUGAACUGUUGAGCCAGUUCAGAUGGGGGCUCAGAGUCUGCAAUAGAUUCAGAAGUUGGUGUCAGUUUCCCCAAAUGUUACAAUGUUGAUGGGUGUUGAUGGUUUGACUGGCUGAGGCUAAGUGCUGCUAAUGGAAUGGCAAUACCAUAUGUAGGCUACCUUGAAUUAGAUGUACAGCUUUAUGAUUGUUAAGUUCUCCUCCAGCUCACAUUCCAAAGGACAACUCAAAUUUUCUGGCUCAAUCCUUUUUAUUUGGUUUUCUUUUGCCUUUGAUUUGCCAGUUCAGAGAAUUAGGUUGUAAACCUUUAAAGGCAAAGAACAGAAAUUACUUUUCCAAAUUAAACAUUUCCAUUGAAGUUUUAACUCGGUUUAAACAUUUAUUUAAACAUCUUUGAAUUUAGCAGUGUCCUCAGGUCCUGGCCAUUACUCCUCCCCAUCACUCAGGUUGUGUAAAAGUAAAGGGAAGAAGGAAGAAGGGGAGUCUCAGGGGGGUAGUAGUCCUGUAGUCCCGGAUGAACGUUCUGUCGAAAUUGGCAAACCCCAGGAAGAGGAGAACGUCAUUAAUUAAGGGCUGGAAAACAGUGGGAGCGUUAGUAAGGCCGAAUGGCAUAACUAGAUACUGAAAAUGACCUAGGAAAUCCAUGCAGGGGCUUAGGGUUGAGUCUUUUUUUCUCAACAAAAAAGAAUCCUGCACCAACAGGGGUGGUAGAAGGCCGGAUUAUCCCUGCAGUUAGAGACUCUGCAAUAUAAUUCUCCAUAGUUUCUCUCUCGGGGCGUGACAGAUUAUACAGUCUACUAGUGGGAAAAGUGAGAGAGUGCGGUCCUUGUUAAAAACCUCUUGAAGAUCAUGGUAUACAGGGGGAACUAAGGUCAGAUCAAUGGGGGUUCCCUGAUUGCUGUACUGAGCGGCUUCGAUUCUAGCAGGCUGAGCUGACUGAGUGACAGAGAGCUCCAACAGAGGAUUUUGCCGGUGGACCAGUCAAUAUGUGGGUUGUGUACUUUAAGCCAAGGGAUGGCCCAGAACAACAGGGGUUUCAAGGGCGGUCAGCAGGUGAAAGGAGAGAUUAUCACAAUGGUUGCCUGAAACCGUCAAAUCCACUGGUGAAGUCUAGUGGCUUAUGGUAGUAAAUGCCUCUCCAUUGAGAGUGAGGGCAAGAAUGGAGUUCUCCAGUGACUCGACAGUACAACCCAGUUUUUGAGCCAGUUGAGUGUCCAGCAGGUUAGCCUGUGCUCCAGAAUCUGAGAGCCAGAGACAUAGAAACCCUCCCCACACAGAGAGAAAUCGGCAGCAGCAGGCAAAACUGUGAGGGUGAUUGAUUUAUGGCAGUUCGGCUCAUCAGUACACCUACGGACGAGCCCCGUCUUCUGGCCGAGACGGGCAAGUGGGAAUGAAAUGACGGGGCUUACCACAGUACAGGCACUCCCCAGCCCGGAUCCGACGGAGACGUUCCUCCGGAGUGAGCCGGACACGGCCCAGCUGCUGGGGAAAGGUCCAUGCUGUCUGACUGGGCAGCAACACCGGUCGGGGGUGGACGGGCUGGUCUAGAAGAUAAGGAGAAAAGACUGGAGGAACGAGUGGACCUUUCCUGCCACCUCUCACGGAAACGGUUAACAAACCAGAUGACAAGGGAGACAAGAGCAGAGAGAACCUGCUUGCCCGGAAGGCUGGCACAGGUCUGCAGGGAGGACUCAGACGCAGGCUUUUCUAGCAACAAGUUCGCUUUAAUCAAACGGAAGCCAUGCACCAACGACAGGCAGAUGUAACAAAGACAAUGACGCGACAGGGGACAACAGGCACACAGGCCUUAAAUACACUAGGGAGGUGCAGGUGAUUGGACACAGGUGGAAACAAUCAGACAAUCACAGGACGUGGCAAGAAGUGAAACUAACCCAGGGACACAAGAGACACUGCUGCUGUUUUGUGACUUUAUAUUUUGUAAUCCUGUGUUUUCUUUAGUUUUUAGUUCAAGAAUUUUUACACCUCCCUUUCUUAAUGGGUUCAACACUUUUUUUCCCUGUCAUUCGAUUUAAUUACACACAACUUAAUUUCUUAACUUAUUUGUUCAUGUUUCUUUAUAUAUAUAUAUAUGAAUUAUUUAGGUGGUGACUGACCUCUGGUGAAAAUGUCAGUUCAACAGUACUAUAAACUAUUUAAUAUACUUACUGAAAAAUAGGGACGUGUUCAAUACUUAUUUUACCCACUGUAAAAAUAGCUGUUAAACCGUUAGUAAAACAAGUAAUGCAGGUUGCCCUAAAGUAGGGUUUUUUAUCAGCAUAUCUGUUUUUGUGUCUUUGUUUUGGCCACAUCCUGUAUGUACUUUCACAGAACCGCCUCACGAUGUGUUGUUGUCGUUCGGAAAAAUAUUUCUAUCUAGAAUCCUGUACUACAUUAAAUUAGUGUUUUUCUAAUUUUGUCCAUUUCCAGCUUUAUACUUUUUUGUAGUCAUGACAACUGCAUAAGUACUACUUCAUUGGCAGCUGCAUGAACUGAGAAGGAGGAGUGAUCAGGGAGAGAUUGAGUAAAGGCACUAGCAGAUAGAGAUCAUCUUAGAAAAGACAGACUCUCUGCACCAGAAAAAUGGGCUCUGGUAAGAUGCUUUACUUUUAACUCCAUUGCUUUCACAUUUCACAUACUAUAAUUUCUAACUAAACUUAUUUAGUAAACUUAGGAUACGUAAACAAUAUUCUUUAGCAAAUAAGUCAUUUUCUGGGCACAACAGCAAUUUGGUGCGAAUUGGAUGAAGGUUAACAUCAAUUUUAAUUUAAUGUAAAGUACUCUGUGACUACUUCACCCGACAGUAACAGCUGGGGUAACUAUGGAAUAUGUACCAGAACAGGAGCAUUCUAACACAAAAUAAUAAAAGCUACCAACUUGCAUAGAGUUAACAAAAACAGACCAUUUCAGGUUUCUGGUCAUAGAAGUCAUUAAAUGAUCUGUUUCUCAAUGAUUAUUGUGGAUUAUGUUGAAGAAACUAAUGUGUAUUUUACAUUUCCUUUUUGUUCAACAGAUAACAUCACUUCCACUACACCUCAACCAGAUGAGUCUGGUGGGGUUUCGAGAAAUCUACGCAUCGUGUCCCUGUUCGUCUACAGCGUGGUGCUCGUGUUUGGGAUUCUGGGGAACGGUGCAGUCAUCUACGUGACGGGCUGCAGGAUGAAGAGAACCGUCAACUCAGUCUGGUUUCUCAACCUGGCUCUGGCUGACUUCCUCUUCACAGCCUUCCUGAUUUUUGCGAUAAUGUCUGUCUCUCAAGAGCACCAAUGGCAGUUUGGAGAAUUCAUGUGCAAGCUCAACGGCUUCGUGGCUGUAGUCAACAUGUUUGCAAGUAUCUUUCUGCUGACAGUCAUAAGUCUGGACCGGUGCCUGUCGACCUGGGUGGUGGUGUGGGCACAAAACAAGCGCACCGUUUGCAAAGCACAGGUCACAUGCGUCGUCGUCUGGAUGACUGCUGUUGUCUGCAGCAUCCCUUAUGCCCACUUUCGGGGGCUUGUGGUCAUAGAGGGCAAUAUGUACUGUGGUUAUUCUGGAAACAUUACUCACGAACAAAAAUAUUUUUUCGACAUCUUCCGCUUUGUCGUGGGCUUCCUCAUCCCUUUCUUUGUAAUACUGGUCUCUUAUGUUGCAAUAGGGGUUCGUGUAAGCCGUUUGCAGAGGAACGGGAGAAAUAGAUCUCGCCGAAUAAUUUUCUCUAUUGUUGUUGCAUUUUUCCUCUGCUGGUUGCCCUUUCACAUUUUCAGUUUAAUUCAGUUGUACACCACUAACCAAAAUGUUCGCAAUACAGCCCGUAUUGUGGGUCCUCUGCUUGUGGCCCUAGCUUAUUUGAACAGCUGCCUGAAUCCGAUUCUCUAUGUUUUCAUGUGUGAGGAAUUCCAAAAGAAGCUCAAGUCGUCCAUCUGCUUGGUCCUAGAGAGCGCCUUGGCAGAAGACCACUUGUCAAUUAUGUCGCCUCGCAGCUUGUCGUCACAAUUUUCUCGGAUAACCCUGAGGUCCAACUCCACUGCACCCACAGAGACGAAAGGCACUGCCACUUCCUUGAACUUUGAAGAAAGCAAGAUGGUCAUCACUGUGGAGAGAGACGAUGAGACUGAAUAAGGUCUGCAGAGCCACUUCUAUAACACAGAAAUCCCAGAGGAGAGAGACAGUGAGCACCAGUGAGGACUGGAGCUCAGGAGAUGUAAAUCAAAUGUUUCCUGAUCAAUUUGGAUUUCAAUGAGUUUAUUUUGGAUUUUAGACUAUAACUUAAACAAGUGUUUUAAUUUAUCGUUGACACAACAUCCGUGUAAGCACACAACUUCCAUUAUCUCAGGUUUAUGCAGCCAAAUGGUGUGAAAACACGGGUGGGUGUACGCUGGCUUUAAGAUGUAAAUAUGUAAAAAAAAAAAAAAAUAAACAAUGAAUAGUUUUUUGCCAUGAAGCUGUGAACUUGAUCAGAAAUAGUUACAAUUUGUGAGACAAAGAGACCUUUUGUAUCUGUGUGUUAGUAUGCUUUUGAUGCCUCAGCUUCUUUAGCCAAAGUGAUUGAUCGAGAAGACUUUUGCUUAUUUGAUGAAAUUUCACUUUCUUUUUUCUUGUUCUUCAGGGUUUGUAUCCUUAUGGUUGAAAUUCACUUAUUCUGAGUUGCUUUGGAUAAAAGUGUUAUUUAGCUAAAUGGCAUGUCAUGUAAAGACUAUCACACAAGCCUGAGCUUUAAUAAUCAAGCUGUACAAAUUUCAGUAAUUAAAUUUUUUUUUUGGAGAUGUUCUCUUCCUUCUAUAUACCCCUAUACACACUACACACCAGACAGUGUAUAACCAUGAAGGAGUAAAUAUGCUUCACUGGAACGUAUACUCUGCAAAUCAGACCAUUCCCAGAAUACUUGAAAACCCAUAGCAAAAUAAAAAAUCAGUUCAAA